AGAGAGAGAGAGGGAGGAAGAGGAGGAGAGGCUGGACUGGGGACCGCGCUUGUAUCUUGUGUGAAUUUUAUCAUUCACCGUCCCGCUUCUGCUCGACCACCGGUCCUCCACCGGAUUCAGAGGGAACCUAGCUCCUUGGAGACAGCGGCUGUGAAGUUAGCUUCAACUUUUGCGGAUCCCCUGUUCUGUUGAGUGUUGUCGUUGGGGUGUGCGUGUGUGUGUGUGUGUGUGUGUGUGUGUUUGAGUGUGUGUGUGUGUGUGAAGGGGAGGGGUGGGAGUGAACACUUAAUGCCAAGAAUGAGUUCGAAAGAAGAGGCCAAAUCUUCCUCUGGCACCUUACAUUCUUCUGUUGAAGAACGGAGAAGGAGUCCUCUUGAUCAUUUACCGCCCCCGGCUAACUCCAACAAACCGCUAACUCCCUUCAGUAUUGAAGACAUUCUCAACAAACCGUCGGUGCGGAGAGGCUACACUUUGUGCGGAUCCAACCAUCUCCUGUCUGCGGCGGACAAACACACAGCUUCGGCUAUCCCCUUGAAUAACCGGGCCGGGGUUCUGACCCAGACCUCCCCGCUCUGUGCCUUGGAGGAAUUAGCGAGUAAAACUUUUAAAGGUUUAGAAGUCAGUGUCUUGCAAGCGGCUGAAGGGUCUGUUUUAACAGGGAGAGAUGGUCUCUCUAUCUUUGGCCAAAGAUCGACUCCAAAGAAGCGCAGAAAGUCCCGGACCGCGUUCACCAACCACCAGAUAUAUGAGUUGGAGAAGCGUUUCCUGUAUCAGAAAUAUCUCUCACCGGCUGAUCGGGAUCAGAUCGCUCAGCAGCUCGGCCUGACCAAUGCUCAGGUCAUCACUUGGUUCCAGAAUCGCCGGGCCAAACUCAAAAGAGACCUGGAGGAGAUGAAAGCGGACGUGGAGUCAGCGAAGAAUCUCGGCCCGAGUGAGCUAGACAAAAUUACCAAAAUGGGCGAAAUAGAGCAAACUGCGGCGGAAAUCGGCAGUCAGUCCAGAUCGCAGUCUCCUAUCCCACUGAAAAGUGCCCACGCCAAAACACCAGAUGCCCACAUCUCCCCUUCAUCGCUCGCAGUGGGACACCCGCCCAGAAAGGACUAUUCCGAGGAGGAUGAAGAGGAAGAGGAGAUUGAUGUCGAUGACUGAUUUCCCUCCUGUUUUUUUUUUAAUUUUGCUUCUCUCACACAUACUCUUUGCCUCAUUUGUUCUUUUUUUUCUAAAAAAAACUUACAAAAUCUAUUCCAAAAAAAGAGAGAAAGACUUUCUCCAUCAUUCAAAUCAAAGCAUGUUCGGGGAUUGAACCAGUAAAUGCUCUCUCAUUCUCUACUUAGAAACGGGCUCAACGCGAGGUAGAAUAAUCCCAGAAUCGUUUUUAAACAAAGCAAUAAUUAAUCCUCCACACUAAGAAACGGAUGCAGAUUCGGCAGAAGUCCAAUCAUUGAGCCCUCAUCAGCUCUUCCAUAAUUUGUAGAAAUGAUAAAUUCAGCGCAAUUCUUUCUAGAUUAAGAAUGGACUGGGUUUUCUUUUGCUGGUUUUUAAAAAUGUGGUCCUCUGGUCGAAAUAAUGAGCCCCCACGUCCCUGUUGCUGUGCAGCAGUUUCGAGAUGGGAUUUAUAAGAAUGCUUUUUCUUCCUUCAAUCCUUUCUCCUUGAUUUUAGUGAAAGAGUAUAGGCCGGGUUUUUCCCCCUCCUUUGGAAUUGCAUGUCGCAAAUCUGCACGACGCUAUUAUUUUUAAGAGAUCAAAAAGACUGGACUUCCUUGUAACUUUCUAGAUAUUUCCUUUUUUUGUCGAUACAUUCUCCAGACAAUUUAUUAUACAG